UGAAGAAAUUUAACAAAACGUAACGUUGAGCAUAAAUUGGUUGCGGGUCCUUUAAGAAACUGUGUUUGCAACACUUGCUUUGCGGCACUCCCGCAUGUAUCGCAUGUGAACGUUUUUCAGAGUGAGCAGAGCAACAUAAGCAAACGGGUGCUCAAGUUUGGUGCCAUUAUCUUGAUUUUGGCAAGGACGUUUAUGGAUUUGCAUGUGUGAGGUGGAUCGGUUUGAUCACAUUUUGGGACACGUGCAAAGACUGGGCUCUACCGUAUUUCAUUUUAUUUUAUUUUACUCCAUUUCAUUUCACUCAAGGGUGAUUCAGAAAUACAAAAAUUACCCAUAUUUGUACUCUGAACUUUUAAAGUUUGAGACUAUUUCUGGAUUGUAUUUCUCACAUUUUGAAAUCAGUGCUUGAUCUUUUGUUUUUUUGUCAAAUAAGCACAACAGAGUCCUAAGAUUUACUUUAUUUUAUGAUUGUUUUUCAUCAGUACUUACUCCCAUCGAUCGCUGUCCUUCUGAGAGACAGCUGUCAGAAUAAAACCCAUAAAAUAUACUUUUUUUGUAUUGUGUGGCGUUUCCUUAUAAUCCAUAGGCCACAUUUUGGUACCAGGAGUGAGGUAUCUGACUGUUGGGAGUCUAUAGUUUUUUUAUGUCUUGAAAUACGGUAGAGCUGAAGAUAGGUGCUUGCGGAACACGGAGUGAAGGUACUGUACUGCUAAGCGAGAGGAAGAAGAGUGCCUUAUCCAUUGUGGUCUGCAUCGUGCUUUCCGAGGAGACACCUAUGAAGAGACUGUCUAAAAAGGAAGUGGGGUGUAUUCUAUGAGGAGCUGAGAACAUAUCCUUUGACUCCCAAAUAAUAGCGAACUGAUUAAGAGACUAUUUUUGUCCAAAGCAACUGUUUCCAUUUUGUUAAACUGAAGAAAAUUGUAUACUGCAACAAUGUCACAAUCAGAUGAUGUUGCUCCACUUUUACCAGUUGAUGAGUAUGGUGAUGAACAGGGUGCAAGUAGUGGUAGGCAUGACAUGUACGUACAAAUUCAAGAACUUAAUAGAAAGCAUGAGGAAACUAUGGCAGCAAUUGCUAACUUAAGUAGAGAGCCAACCAGGUCUUACAUUUAUAUACCAAGAGAACGUCACAUAUAACCAUUCAGUGGUGAUUUGAACAAAGAUGGGAGAUAUGUUGACGAGUUUAUUGAAGAGGUAGAGAGGGUGAUGCAUGCUAGAAGUCAGACUAUGGAAGACCAGUUAGACUUUGUCCUCUCACUUCUUAAAGGGGCAGCUUUAGAGGAGGUCAGAUUGCGAAUGGGGAAUGAUGCAAAACAUCCAUGUGACAUUUUUGAAUAUCUGAGAGAAGCUUUCAGAGAAAAGCGCAGUGUAUCUCAGCUAUUGCAAACAUUCUAUAGCCGUAAACAAUUAGAAGGGAAGGAUAUUCGUGCCUACUCCCAUGCACUGUCCCAGAUUCUGAACUCUAUUCAGAAACAAUCAGCAAAUGCUGUUGCAAAUGCGAGCAUGGCAAUUCGAGAUCAAUUUAUUGAGUGCAUUAGAGACGCUAGCCUUAGGAGAGACCUUCGAAAGCUGGUUAGAGACAAGCCAGAGUCAACACUUAUUGAAGUGCGAGAUGAAGCUCUCACGUGGUCUUUAGAAGAUCCCAAGCCUCGUGUCCCAAAAGUAAUCAGCAAUCAUAGUGUUGUAUCUGAGACCGUUGAAGCCCAAUGUGCUGCUGUUGCACCUGAAACAAAAACAGUUAGUCUUGAAGAAGUUUUGAAAAUUGUAGCAGAACAAGGAAGAGCUAUAGGAGAGCUAACCCAAGCUGUGGAGAAACUCACCACAAAGUGCUUCAAGUCAGAGCCUGUAACCCAAAGCAACCCCAAUGUGCAGCCAAGGUUUACAGAUGAUGGGCAGCCAAUUUGUUUCCGGUGUAAUGGUGUAGGACACAUCGCUAAGAGGUGCAUGAGAAGAAACAAACAGGCUGUUACAGACCAAGCUACUAGCUCUGGGCCCCAGGGAAACACCCGCCCUCGGUUGCUGUGAGCCAGGCAAUGCGAGGGCAGUCAGUUGGCUCAACUAGUGUAGAUACUAGUCGUGAUAGACUACUUGAACGUGCUGUUGGAAAAUGUCCUAUUGCUAAUCUCAAAAUAAAUGAGGUGAGUGCCACUUGUCUGCUGGAUACAGGAAGUCAAGUCAGCACUAUUUCUGAGAGUUUUUUCAGGGAACACCUGUGUGGUGAGGAUAAAGAUAUGCUCUCAACAUCAGGAUGGCUGAAAAUAACUGCGGCCAAUGGUUUGGACAUACCUUAUCUCGGUUACCUUGAGUUGAAAGUUGAAACCAUGGGUAUUGUCCUCUCUGAAUGCGGCUUCCUUGUAGUCAGAGACACACUGAACUCCCCUCUUGUACCAGCACUAAUUGGCAUGAAUAUUAUCAGCAGAUGCAGACAACUGGUACAUGCAGAGUUUGACAUCACCCUUGGUGGGAAAUUGCAGUCUAAUUGGAGAGAGGCAUUUCAACAACUGCACCAUGCAAGUAGCCAAGAGAGAAGGACAGCUGUUUGUCUAACUGGAAAAGACAUGGUACACAUACCUGCUUCUUCAGUUGCGACUGUGCUGGCUAAACGUACAAAACAUAUGUCACAUGAUGACUCAUUUGACUACCUACUAGAGCCACUGAAUAUACCAUUACCAGGUGGAUUAAUUGUUGUUCCCUGUCUGGUGGCCGCAGGGAAACAGUUGUUUCCUGUGCAAGUGGUGAAUCUUUCCCCAGAAGACAUCUGGUUGCGGGCCCGAACCAGGCUUGGGACUGUAACUCACAUUGAGAAUUUGAAAUUGAAUGAGACAUGUGAGGUUAAGUUCCAACGUAUUUCAGCUGAUACUGAGGAAAUAACUGUUAACACCAAAAGUGAUCAGGUAUUGGAGAACAGCUCAAAAGAGUUCCUCAGUAAGCUCCAUAUCGGUGGUACCCUUGAGCAGCAAACAGAGCCGAGUAAUUUGUUGAUGCAGUAUUCUGAUGUGUUCGCACUCGAGGAUGAAGAUCUUGGUUUCACUGAUAAGGUGCAACAUGAGAUCCAUGUAACCGAUGAUAUUCCAGUGACACAGCCUUACAGGCGUAUACCACCGACACAGUACAAGGAAGUUAGAGAACAUAUCAGUAAGCUUCUCAAGAAAGGAGUGAUCUGAGAAAGUAACAGUGCUUUUGCUUCACCUAUUUUACUGGUAAGAAAAACGGAUGGUAGCCUCAGGCUAUGCGUUGACUAUAGACAGCUCAACUCUAAGACACAACGAGAUGCAUUCCCUUUACCUAGGAUCGAUGAGAGUUUUGAUGCACUUCAGGGAGCAACAUUUUUCUCUUCGAUUGACCUGGCGAGUGGAUAUCAUCAGGUUGCCGUUCAUGAGCGUGACAGACAUAAGACAGCCUUUACAACUCCAUUUGGAAUUUUGAGUACUGCCGUAUGCCUUUUGGGGUUUGUAAUGGCCCAUCAACAUUUCAACGUCUUAUGCAGACUACAAUGGGUGAUCUUAUUUUCCAAAUCAUGUUAGUAUAUCUGGAUGACAUACUAGUGUAUGCACCCACUUUCGCAGAGCACUUACAGAGGUUGGAAACAGUCUUUAAGAGGUUAAAGGAAACGGGUCUCAAAGUCAAGCCUGGGAAAUGCCACUUCCUGCAGCAGAAGUAAUCUUUUUAGGUCAUCAAGUGUCAGCUCAAGGAAUUGCUACAGAUCCAGGGAAAAUUGAGGCAGUAAAGGAAUGGAAAGUCCCCAACACAGUAAAGGAACUGCGCUCGUUCUUAGGAUUCUGUAGUUACUACAGAAAGUUCAUAGAGGGUUUUUCGAGAAUUGCUGGUCCCCUUCAUGAUUUAGUGAGUCUGUGUAUUAGCCAGUUCGGCCAAGAGAAGAAGAAUUUCUGUGCUUUGUGGUCAUCUGAGUGCCAGUCAGCAUUUGAGCUACUGAAAGAGAAACUUACCACGGCUCCUGUAUUAGGGUAUGCAGAUUUUAGUCUCCCAUUCAUCUUGGAGACUGAUGUAAGUCAUGAAGGCUUAGGGGCAAUACUGUAUCAGGAGCAGGGUGGUUGUAAGAGGGUCAUUGCAUUUGCAAGCAGAAGGCUUCGGAAAGCAGAAAUAAAUGACCGUUACUAUAGCAGCAUGAAACUUGAGUUGCUGGCUCUCAAAUGGGCAAUCUCUGAAAAGUUUCGUGGUUAUCUGCUAGGUUCUAAGUUCAUGGUUAUCACAGAUAACAACCCUCUGUGCCAUCUUAAAACAGCCAAACUUGGUGCAGUUGAGCAAAGGUGGGUUGCUCAAUUAUCUGUGUUUGACUUUGAAGUUAAAAACCGCCCAGGCCGACAUAAUACUGCUGCUGAUGCCCUCUCUAGGCAGCCUCUAGCAGGGGAGCCUACCACUCCGGACGAGUAUGAUGACUGUGUUGCCAUCUGUAACAUAAUCAGUAAAGGGACAUUCCUGGAACCUGACUUGGUAAUUGCCAGUGAAAGGUGUUACAGAGUCCGCCAGAUUCGUGCGUGGGAAUCUGGUGGAGAGGCAGACAAUGAUAAUCAGGGAAGCAUACCUACUCUGCCAAGCUACACGACUGCAGAACUGGCAGAUUUCCAGAAGAACGAUCCUACCAUCAGUUCUGUCAGACCGUUCUGGGAGAGGAGGAGACAGCCUUCCCAUUGUGAAAGAUCUCAUCUAUCAAAGUCUACAUUUUCAUUGAUAAAGCAGUGGAAAAGUAUCUGUGAACGAGAUGGUUUGCUUUAUCGUGUUGUAAACGAUCAGCGCACUGCACCAUACCGGCCUCAGGGUAAUGCCCAAUGUGAGCGCUUUAAUCGAACGCUCCAUGAUCUGCUGCGCACACUACCCACUGAAAAGAAAAGGCGGUGGCCGGAACACCUAGCGGAGUUGGUUUAUGCCUACAAUGUCACACCACAUGCAACCACUGGAUACUCACCAUACUACUUACUGUUUGGAGUCCAUCCACACCUUCCAAUUGAUGCCCUGCUGGGUCAUGAGCAACCUGUAGACAGAAAACAAGACUGGUUAGUGAUUCAUCAAGAGAGAUUGAGAGAGGCUCACGAACAGGCAAGAAAAUAUGCUGAACACAAGGCUGCUGAGAGGUUGGCCCCUUUGAAUGAAAAGGUCUAUUGUCCCAUUAUCAAUGUUGGUCAACAGGUAUAUCUGCGUCACCGGCCUUUGGGUAGGAACAAGAUACAAGAUUCAUGGGGUCCUACGGUAUACAAGGUUCUAGAUGUGCAAGGUACUACAUAUACUGUUGAGCCCCUUGAGGGUGGUCCUAUCAAGAGACUUCAUCGAGCUGACUUGAGACCCUGUGUCAAUUCUGUACCUGAGCUGGAUUUCACUGAGAACUAUCAUCCUAAAACACAGCAAGAGAGAACAGCAGAGUCUGAGCAAGUUGAAGUUCAGUCUGAUCCUGAUUUUGUUGUGCUAGAAGAAGUCACUUACCCUAGUAUGCAAGAGAGAAAAGCGAUUGGAAGCUCUUCGGCAGAAGGUGAAGUGCUUGUAGGUCAGCCCAAAAUUAUUCUAGAGGAUACUGACCCGAGGUAUACUGAACCUGAGCAAUUUAUGCCUGACACCAGUGCCACUCUCAGUGUAGAGGAAACCCUGCUGAAAAAGCCUGUACCGACCCCUAGGAGAACAAAAAGAGCCAAUGCGGGUGUGCAUUCAAAGCCUUUCAAUGAACCGAAGUCUGCAUGUAAUACAGUCUCACUCAGUCCUGAAGUCUUUUCACAAGUGUUGGCAAGCUUAGGGAGUGUGUUCUUUAGGGAGGCUGUUAAAGAAGUAAAAAAAUGUAUUUGAUCAUUGAGGACAAUGAGGUUUAGCAGGGGAGAAUGUAGCCAAGUGAAGAAAUUUAACAAAACGUAACGUUGAGCAUAAAUUGGUUGCGGGUCCUUUAAGAAACUGUGUUUGCAACACUUGCUUUGCGGCACUCCCGCAUGUAUCGCAUGUGAACGUUUUUCAGAGUGAGCAGAGCAACAUAAGCAAACGGGUGCUCAAGUUUGGUGCCAUUAUCUUGAUUUUGGCAAGGUAAAUGUACAUUCUUGCAGGAGUUGUGAACAAAUUGCAUAAAGUGUGUAUAUGAGCAUAGUAUGCUACUCAUGAAUGUUUCAUGGAUCGCAUUUUAGGACGUUUAUGGAUUUGCAUGUGUGAGGUGGAUCGGUUUGAUCACAUUUUGGGACACGUGCAAAGACUGGGUAUGUACAGUGAAUGUUACUGAAGUUUUAUUUUCCUUAUUUAAAGCCAGUGUAUUUUCCUGUCGUUGAAUCUGUUUACAUGGAAUGUUGGAAUUCAUGUUAGCAACAAUUAUGAGUGUACUUAAAACAUAUCAUACUUUGAUAAAAUUAGUAGAAUGUAUUAAAAGAUUGUGUUUUUUGUUACUCAUGUAUUUCAUGAAAACGGUGGAGUUUACUGGUGGGCUAAUGUGCUGUUAUUGU